GACAUUAAAAAUAAACAAGGACAAGUAGAAAGUAGAACAAAAAUACAGAUACUCAAAAUAAAAACAAAAAUUAAAAUCAGAUGUAAAAAUAAAAGUAUGCUUUUAUUUUACUUUUAAAAAUAUCCUUUAAAAAGCAGAGUUUGUAGGGACCAACAUAUAAUUAAUUUUAUAAGGCAAAAAUGAGUUAAAAUCCUCUAUAGUUUCCAAUUAUUUACGAAAAACUAUGAGUGAUAUAGUUGCAGGAAUAGAACAUCUCUCAGGAGCAGAAGCGAAGAAAUCUCUGGUUUUCAAAUGCUCCGAGUGUGACUACACAGCCUCCAGAAAGUUUAGAAUUGAACAGCACCAAAUUGUUCACAUACCUCUAGACAAAAGACCUAGGUACUACUGUAACCAUUGCCCUUCCAAGUUUAUUUCAGAGUACAGCUUCUACAAGCAUGUUAAAAGUAAACAUAACAGCUCAGAAACAAGGGUGGAAAAACCGGUUUUCCAAUGCUGCAGGUGUAGCUACAAGACCCACAGAAGGUAUCUCUUGGAACACCACAAAAAAUUUCACUUGCCAGAAGAAAGAACUUGGUUCCAAUGUAAGCACUGCGGUGCCAGGUAUACAACAAUGUCAGGCCUCCACAACCACUUUCAAAUUAAGCAUAGCAGUGAAACAUUGACUGGUUUUGAUUGUAAGGAAGACAUUACUAUAGAAGAAAAGAUAAAUAUAGCUGAAAUAAAUGAAUCAUUAGAAGAGAAUUCUAGUGAAUUGUGGACUGGUCUGGAUUCUAAGGAACAAAUUACCAUAGAAGAAGAAGAAAAAACAAAUAUAGAUGAAAUAAGAGAGUCAGUUGAAUACAAUCAUUCUAGUGAACUGUGGACUGGCCUGGAUUGUAAGAAAGAAAUUACCAUAGAAAAAGAAGAAAAACCAAAUAUAGAUGAAAUAACAGAGCCAGUUGAAGAUAAUUCUAGGUGAAGACAAGCACCAUGCUUCGAAGUUUUUGUUUUGAGAUAUUGGAAAUGUCAGAAUUGAAGAAUUUCCAGAACUAGUGAAAAUUGAAACUUGAAAUUAGUUUUUGAAGAACUGUGUUAUUUUUCUUUAUUGUAAUUGUAGAUAUUUUUUUAUAUUAUGUACAAAGUUCAAUACA